CAACACAAGUAGAUGAGAGUUUAGCUGAUCGUGGAAAUCGUGGGAGGCUCGCACGAGUCCUCCCAGUACUCCAUUUAGGCAGCAAAAGCUCCUUCCUGCCUGCAGAGAGGCAAGAGAACACCUACAGGUCUGCAGGAGGUACUCGCGGAAGCAACAUUCCAGGAGUCAGUCUUGCUCGACCAAAGACACGGGCUUUGCAGAACUAACUGCCUUGCCCAUUCUACUCCACUGUGACUAAUCUUCUGCGACCAGUUCUAGGAAAGCGCGGGACUCCCAAAGCAACUUCUGUGGCUAGUAGCAGAUCUAGGUUGGAAGGCGGGCGUCUUGGUUUCUAGUUUUCAGCUCUCAGCUUUCCUGUCAACACCAAGACUCUGGCUGUAUCCAGAUGCACCCUGGGAAGGUCAAGGAACUGAGGAGUCGUGGGACAUCCACAAGGAGAUUUGCAAAGAUGUCUCAGAGCCAGCGGAGUUUCUGUACUGUUUGAUCACGUUCCAGUUCUUCCUGUACCUCAAUCUCUGUUGCUAUGGAGACUUCCAAUGGGACCGAGACUUGGUACAAAAGUCUCCAUGCUGUGCUGAAAGCUCUGAACGCCACCCUCCACAGUCACUUGCUCUGCCGUCCUGGGCCAGGGCCAGGACCUGGGCCAGACAAUCAAACUGAAGAACGUCGAGCUAGCCUUCCUGGCCGCAAUGACAACUCCUACAUGUAUAUUCUCUUUGUCAUGUUCCUAUUUGCUGUCACCGUGGGCAGUCUCAUUCUGGGAUACACCCGUUCUCGCAAGGUAGACAAACGUAGUGACCCCUAUCAUGUGUACAUCAAGAACCGCGUGUCCAUGAUCUGAUGUGAGGUGCCCAAGAUUGACAGAAGAGUCCAUCCGAUGCCUGAGGAUUGUCUUCUUGGGCCCCCAGAACUCAACUCUGGACCCUCUCAAGCCUUAGUGUCUCUAUCUAUACGAGAUCAACAAGAAAUUGGUAAGAGAGAUUGUCGUUGGGACCAGAAAGGAGGAGCUGAUAGGCCUGGCCUUGUGGAUAUGACAUUUUUUUUUCCAGACAAAGAUAAGCAUUAUAUACUAAGAGCCCAUGAACAAAUACAUAGAAGUAUGGACAACCGGUGAGUAGGAGAACAGGAAGAGGAAGGGAAAUGGAGCAGAAGAUGCUCUGGAAACAUAAUCUUUUAAUGUGUGAUCUUCAAACAUGAGAAACCUUGAUAAAAACCAGGUAAUACUACUUGUUUGUGUUAAUUCAUAUUUUAUUUCUUUAAACAUACAACACACGCGGAUUUUGCCUCAUCUGCCAACAAAGCAGAACAGGUGCCUUGACUGGAAUCCAGGAACUCUUGUCUUUUUGUCUAAGACUUUUCAGUGAUACAUGGAGUAAGAUCCCGGCCCAAAGAACUUAAGGUGGAACACGGUAGUGCAUACCUGUAAUCCUAGUGUUCAAGAGACCCAGUAGGGAGGAUCAUUUGAGUUCAGGAGUUCAAGACCAGCCUGGGCAAGCCCUAUCUUGGUAGAGAGUUGGGGAAGGGGUAGUAAGAAAUAUCUUACUUUUACAAA